UUGACAUCGGUUGAAGUGACUGAGUAUACUGGCCAUUACGGAAACAACUGCUUAGUCUGAAUCAAAUAAAUAAAGGAUUAAUAUCGAGUCACCACCUGUGUAAGCCUGUAACACUGUCCACAAUGUCCAGGCAGUCCAACCGAACAACAGACAGCAAGAAGAUGGUAGGCGACUCCAGCAGGAUUAACAACUCUGAGCUGUUCACACUCACCUAUGGGGCCCUAGUCACUCAGCUUUGUAAAGACUAUGAGAAUGAUGAGGAAGUCAAUAAACAACUGGACAAGAUGGGUUAUAACAUUGGAGUGCGUCUGAUCGAGGACUUUCUGGCACGCUCCAGCAUCGGCAGGUGUCAGGAUUUCCGAGAAACAGCCGAUGUCAUUGCUAAGGUUGCAUUUAAGAUGUACCUAGGAAUCACACCGAGCGUGACCAACUGGAGCCCAGCUGGAGAUGAAUUCUCCCUCAUCCUGGAAAGCAACCCGCUGGUAGACUUUGUGGAGCUGCCAGAUAACCACAGCACCCUGAUCUACUCCAACCUUCUGUGUGGGAUCCUCAGGGGAGCUCUGGAGAUGGUCCAGAUGGCGGUGGAUGUCAGAUUUGUCCAGGACACACUGAGAGGUGACAAUGUGACAGAAAUUCGUAUGAAGUUUAUCAAGAGGAUCGAGGAGAAUCUCCCAGCAGGAGACGAAUGAGGUUUCAUCAGACGUCUCUUCUGUUACUUUUGUGGAGAACAUUUGCAAAGGAGGACCAUCACUCACAGACUGAAAAAAAAAAACAAAUCCAGCUGACUUGUACGUCUCGGUAGCCCAAAGUAUGUGUCUGUUCCUGGCACCCUUUAAUUUUAUUUUCAGUGGAAGGGCUUGGUAUUAACAGCAGAUUCCUGAUCCAUCACAUGAAAGAAAUAAGAGCAAAAAUGUAUGAUAUGGUGGAUUUUGCUAUUAUUUUUGUGCCUGUAUGUGCAAAGAAUGGAUUUAAGAAACUGAGAUUCAUCCUAGAGUAAAAGAAAAAUGUGAGAUAGACUUGAGAAGUGCACCCCAUCCCCUGGACACGGCUCCAAGGCUGUUGUUUUUUUUAAUGUCUGUAUCUAAAUGUCAGCAGACAAAAGGAUGAAGUAAAGACCUUGAACCUUUUUUUUUUGUCUGCACUUUAACAAAAAACUGUUUUCCUAUAUCUUGAAAAAAUAAUGCAUUUUUCGUGCAUGGCUACACAACCGUACACUGAAAUGCUUUUUUUUUUUAUGUUAUGUUUUUUUAAUAAUAAAAUCAGAUUGUAUAUUACUGCCAGUUGUUUGGCAUGUUAAUUUAUCUCCAUGUUUUUGUCAAAUAAAAGUGACAAAUUUGA